AUGCCCUACUACGAUACCAGCCAGGAAUGGCUGCGCCAGUCCGCGCUGCUGCUUGAGGCGCGACCUAGCACCACCCGCAUAACAACCAAAUAUCACAUAACCGCCUCCUCCGCACGCAGACGCGCCCGCGACCUCAAGCGCUUAAAGGCGCAACAAGAAUCCGAACCCACGACAACCACCACAUCAACCACAACCAAGCCCCCGCGCGGCUUCCUAACCCUCAAGACCUUCGAUCCCCACUCGGGCACGACGCUCAAGUACAAAACCACCAAGGCGGCCGAGGUCUCGCGGCUGAUCCUCAGUCUGGGCCAACUGGGCCGGCGCAUGGCGGCGCUGCCGGAGCCCGAGGGGAGGGAUGCGGUUAUGGCGGAUGCCCCUGUCGCUACCGAGGGAGGAGGAGAGGCCGCGGUGGUGGUGGAGGAGAAGGAGAAGAAGAGUGAGCCGGCGACUACGGCCGGGAAAGGAGGACAGGGGCAGGGACAGGGGCAGCAGAGUGGUGGUGGUGGCGGUGGUGUUGGUAAGGGGAAGAAGAAGAAGGGGAAGAAGUGA